AUGGGGAAUAUUAUAUCAGAAUCGCAGAGUGCAUUCAUGCCUGACAAACUCAUUACUGACAAUAUUUUGAUAGUUGCAGAGGUGGGGCACUAUUUGAAUAGGAAGCAGUGUGGAGUUGCUGGCUGGGGAACCCUAAAAUUGGAUAUGGCCAAGGCUUAUGAUCGUAUGGAAUGGCCUUUCCUACAAGGAAUGCUUGUAGCACUGGGGUUUGAUGAAACAUGGAUUAAGCUUAUUAUGAUGUGUGUUUCUUCUGUAUCCUAUAGCUUUUUGAUAAAUGGAACGCGGACUGGCUUCCUGACACCCACAUGUGGGCUAAGGCAGGGAGAUCCCUUAUCUCCUUAUUUGUUUAUUAUAUGUGCGGAGGGAUUAUCUAUGCUGUUGCAGCAGGCGCAGAGUGAUGGUUUGAUCCAUGGGUACAGGCCUUUUAUUUUCAAGGCUAAUAUACAUGAGGCCACACAAGUUAAGAAUUAUUUGGCAACAUAUGAGGCUUUCUCUGGCCAGGUGGUUAACUACCAUAAGUCUAGUAUAUGCUAUAGCAGGAAUACGACUAUGGAUGACAGGAAUGAGGUGACACAAAUAUUACAGGUUACUCAGGCUCCUAAUUUUGGUAAAUACCUGGGCCUACCCUCUUUUGUGGGAAGAAAUAAGAGAGCGGAAUUUGCAUAUAUUGAAGAUAAGAUCAGGCAGAGGAUUGGAUCCUGGAGUAAAAAGUUGUUAUCACAGGCUAGGAAGGAAAUCCUGUUAAAAAGUGUGGCUCAAGCAGUGCCUACUUUUUCGAUGGGAGUAUUUUUGUUACCUAUUUCUGUCUGCACGGCUAUUGAACGAACAAUGAAUAGAUACUGGUGGGGGACAGGAACUGACCGAGAUUUGGGGAACAAUCCUAGUUUCUGCUGGCGUAGUAUUAUGGCAGCAAAGUUACUAGUCUGUGGGGGAGUAAGGCGGCGUAUUGGGACUGGAAAUUCAACGCUAAUUUGGGAACACCCAUGGCUACAUGAUGAUUUAGAUCCUAUGAUCCACACUGAAAUGCCACCCCAAUUAGCAGGAGCCAAAGGCACCUACUCAGUUAAGGAUGACUACAAGCAUGUUGUAAGAAAUUAUACGAGUAGUAAUGAUGGAGAGUUUGAUAAAUGGCUUACUUUAUGGAGAUUAAAAAUCCCCCCAAAAUGGAAGACAUUUCUAUGGAGAGCCCUAAGUGAUAUCUUCCCAACCACGAAUAAUUUGCUUAUAAAGAGGGUGGAUGUGGAUCCUAUUUGUGCCAUGUGUGGAAUUGUACAAGAGGACACAUUGCAUGCCUUAGUAUCGUGUGGUUAUGCUAGCACCAUAUGGACACUAUAUAUUGUGACAAAUAUUUUUCAUGAGUGGUUUAGUGCAAUCUUGAAUGUUCUAGACACUAAUGGGAUUAUAUAUGCAGCUGCAAUACUUUAUCAUAUAUGGAGAGCACGGAAUGCAGCGGUUUGGGAUGCCUGCCUACCCUUACCCAGGAAAAUUGUUGCCAGUGCGAAAGCUACCAUGCACGCAUGGAAUGCUGUACAUCACGUCAUGACUGCCAAUGGUGGAGCUGCUGUCGCCCCCACGCCCGGACUGCCAUCCACGCUGCUGCCACCCGGAGAAGCUGCCGGGCCGAACGCUGGCUACGUCGUGACCUCACGAAGAUGCUAUAUGGAUGCCGCCUACCAACAUGCUACGAACGCAACUUCGGUAGGAGCGGUUUUGCUAGAACACGAUGGAAGGUUCGUUGCGGCAUACAAUGCCCCCUUGCCGGAUUGUUUUUCCCCACUUAUGGCCGAGGCCUUUGCAUGCAAGGAAGCUCUAUCUUGGUUACGCGCCCGGGACGAGCGCACUGUCCAGAUCUACAUGGAUUGUCAGGUGCUACACUGUUAUCUGACCUUAGGAGGACCCCCACUCAGAUCAUACAUCGGCUAUGCUGUUGAUGCUUGCAAAAUUUGCAUAUCUACUUUUGAUUUCUGUUCAGUUAAUUUUAUUCCUAGAUCUCAGAAUUUAUUAGCUCAUACUUUAGCUUCUACAGUUUCAGAACAGUCUACAGCUUUGUAUUGGAUGAAGUCCCCCUGA